UUAAUUUAAAACGUUUUGAUAUUUUCCUUAGUUAAUAUACAUGUUUAAUCGAAACAAUUUGAUUACCGAGGAAGUGUUUAAAAAGUAUAUGAACCAGUGCGAAUAUUGAAGUAACUGCCAAUAAAUUUAAAAUGCAUACGAAAAUGUGGAGAUAUUCUUUGUUAUUGCUUUUUAUUAAUCUCAUAGACAUUAGUAUAGCAUGGAGAACUUUCAUGAGAGGUAGGAGCAAAGAUGGCAAUUUAGGUGCUCCGAUUUUGUCAGAAAAUAUUGAACUUCCAGAAGAGCAAUGGUUUACACAGUUUCUAGAUCAUUUUAAUCCAACUGAUGCACGUGAAUGGCGACAGAGAUAUUUUGUAAAUGGAAAUUAUUAUAAAAAAGGAGGUCCUGCAUUUUUACUGAUAGGAGGUGAGGGUGCAGCGACUGCUAAAUGGAUGGUAGAAGGUCAAUGGAUUGAAUAUGCCAAAGAAUUUGGAGCAAUUUGCUUUCAAGUUGAACAUCGUUUUUAUGGGGAUAGUCAUCCUACUCAAGAUCUGAGUGUGAAGAAUUUAGUGUAUCUCACGUCGGAACAAGCACUUGCCGACUUAGCCUAUUUUACGAAAUCAAUGAAUAAUGAUUAUAAAUUGCCAAAUAGUACUAAAUGGAUUGCAUUUGGAGGAUCGUAUGCUGGGUCAUUGGCUGCAUGGUUGCGUACUAAAUAUCCCCAUUUAAUACAUGGAGCUGUUUCUGCAAGUGGUCCUUUAUUAGCUAAAAUUGAUUUUCAAGAAUAUUACAUGGUAGUUGAGUCUGCUCUGAAAAAUCAUUCUCUAGCAUGUGUGAAUGCAAUAAUAGAAGGAAAUAGGCAGUUCCAUAUAAUGUUGCGUCAUCCAGUUGGUCAAUCUGGGAUAGUUAAAAAAUUUCACUUGUGCGAUCCUAUUGAUUCUGGACACACUAAGCGUAAUGAUAUCUCAAAUUUAUACGAAACUCUAGCAAGUAAUUUUGCUGGUAUUGUGCAAUACAAUAAGGACAAUCGUAACAAUUCUGCAAUGGCUAACUUGACUAUUGAAAGUACAUGUGAUAUUUUAACGGAUGAAAAAUUUGGUAUUGAGAUUGAUAGACUUGCCUUUAUAAGUAAUAAAAUACUGAAUGCAACAGAAGAUAAGUGCUUGGACUAUGUGUACAGUAAAAUGGUACACAAACUUCGAUCUGUUGCAUGGACAAGCAAAGAGAUAAAAGAAGGAGGCCGUCAAUGGAUGUAUCAAACGUGCACAGAAUUUGGAUUCUUCCAAAGUUCCACCGCGCGACCAAAUUUAUUUAGUGAAACUUUUCCAGUGGAUUUCUUUGUGCAACAAUGUACCGAUGUGUUUGGGCCCAGGUAUAAUAUUCAUUUGUUAAAUUCUGGAGUCGCGCGAACAAAUAUUUUAUACGGCGCGUUAAAUUUAACAGUUACAAAUGUAGUAUUUGUACAUGGAUCGGUUGAUCCCUGGCAUAUUCUGGGAAUUACAAAAUCAUUGAAUCCACAAGCACCUGCCAUUUAUAUUAAUGGUACUGCUCAUUGCGCAAAUAUGUAUCCUCCAUCCAAGGAUGACUCACCUGAAUUGAAGAGUGCUAGAAUUCAAAUUGGACAUUUAAUCGAUCAAUGGUUGCAAGAUUAAAUGUGAUAUUUUUAAUUUUUCGUGUGAUAUUGUAUAAGAUUGUUAA